UCUGUUGUUCUCACAUCGCACGAGUGUCUACGGAGUCACGACUGAGAAUUUAACUUGAAGCGGAAGUUUUUCGUACGUUUUUAUUUUAGCCGUUUUGCGCUGUCUACAUUGUAAAACCUCAAUCGGAUACAAUGAAGUACAUCAUUGGAAUAGGGGGUGUGACUAAUGGUGGUAAAACCACCCUGACGAACAGCUUAAUAAAAGCCUUACCAAACUGCUGUGUGGUUCACCAGGAUGACUUUUUCAAGCCGCCGGAUCUGAUAGCAGUCGGAGAGGAUGGCUUUAAACAGUGGGAUGUGAUCACAGCUUUGGAUAUGGAGGCCAUGGUGAACACUGUCAAGGGCUGGAUGGAAAACCCAAUCAAAUUCGCCCGUUCUCACGGCAUCCAGGUGACCCCAGCCACAGAGAUGGACGACCCUGAGAGCCAAGUGCACAUACUCAUUGUAGAAGGAUUUCUGCUCUACAACUACAAGCCUUUGCUGGAAUUCUUUGACAAAUCAUAUUACAUAACCAUCCCAUAUGAGGAGUGCAAGUCAAGGAGAAGAACCAGGCAAUACACCGUCCCCGACCCUCCUGGGCUCUUUGACGGUCACGUGUGGCCCAUGUACCUGAGACACAGAAGUGACAUGGAGAACUGUGGUUUGCCGAUCGAAUACUUGGACGGCUUGAAAACGAAAGAUGAAAUCUACAAUCAGGUUCACGAAGACAUCCACAACACACUCCUGAAUCGUUCAUAGCAAUGGGAGGUUGCAACUGAUCAUCUGUACAAUAUAUUGUAAAUAUCAAUCUUACUUGAAGUGGCCUUUUGUUUUU